GUACGCUCAGUUCUGAAAAUACCAUCGUCGGAAAUUGUUGUUUGCGUCGCGCACGACUUACCACGACCAUGUUCAUUCGUUAAACAUUCGCGAUUGCCGUAAUCCGCUUCUGUAAUUAAACUCGGACCUCGAUUACUAUGAAGCUCAACGCUUAUCGGAGUCCAGAGGAAGUUACACAAACCGAGUUACGCGAUUUGAAUUCGUCUGCUGGACCUGCGACGAACCUAACCUAAUCUAUUUCUGCUGGUAAACGCGUUUAAAUGUUGUUCGAACGACAUAACCGGGCAUAUUUCCGUGCAGAUUUGUUUCAUUCGUGAACGACGAAUCAGCCGACGUACGACAAUCGUUCGACGAUGGUUGUUUUUCAGCCGCCUUUAUCGGACAGAAAUAAAACAAUCGUCCGCGAGCCGAAUCAGCUGAUUGCCGAGUCGAAAUUCCGCGAAACGGACAUGGUCACAGCUGAGAUUUCCGGCCACAGUUGCGGCAUUUAUCUCGGAACGACGUGUGCCUGGCAAGUGAUUAAACGUGACCGUGAAAUAAAACAGCGGACGUGCGAUUUUGAUCGCGGCGAUGUUACGUUUUCGCAGAUGUUUCGCUGGCAGACGGUGUUCCGUGAUCGGAAUGGUGCACGUCGGUGCUCUACCCGGGACGCCGCUGUACAAAUGGGACACGGAGAAGAUCCUGAGGGACGCGGUCGGCGAUGCCGCGAUUUACAGGGACUGCAAAGUUGACGGCGUCCUGGUGGAGAACAUGAACGACGUUCCGUACGUGAAGGCCGGCGACGUGCUGCCCGAGACCACGGCCAUGAUGACCAGAAUCUGCACGGAGAUAAGAAAAGCGUUGCCCGAUAAUCUGCCGUGCGGUGUACAGAUUUUGGCAGGGUGCAACAAGGAAGCGAUCGCGGUUGCGAAGGCUGCCGACUUCCAGUUCGUCAGGGCGGAGGGUUACGUCUUCUCGCACGUCGCCGACGAGGGCUUCACGGACGCCUGCGCCGGCUCGUUGCUGCGAUACAGGAGCCAGAUCGACGCCGACGACGUUCUCGUCUUCGCCGACGUGAAAAAAAAGCAUAGUUCACAUGCGGUCACCUCGGACGUGAGCUUAUCGGAGACGGUGAAGGCGGCUGAGUUUUUCUUGGCCGAUGGAAUUGUACUGACAGGAACUGCCACUGGCGAACCGGCCAGCACCGCGGAGCUCGCGGAGAUCAAGCGUGCUGCCAAAGGCCCCGUGCUGAUCGGCUCCGGUGUGACAAUAGACAACGUGGACGAGUACCUGUCCUCGGACGCGGUCAUCGUGGGCUCGCAUUUCAAGGCCGAAGGGCUGUGGAGCAACCCGGUGGUUGAGCAAAGGGUCCGCGACUUCAUGAGGAAGAUGAAUGCAUUGUGAAAAGUAAACGGAGGAGGAUCUCGGCUGAUAAAGUUCCGCCCAUAAAAAUACUAUACAACAUUUUUCUACAGUAUA